AUGGCCUGGCGAUGCACAGGGAGGACGAACUCCCAACUUAUCGCGAACAUGAAGGCGAACGGUAUCUUUCAUUCGGAGCGAGUUAUGUCGGCAAUGAACGCCGUGGACCGAGCACGCUACGUCUUGGAUAAAGCGGAUGCAUACGAGGAUUCACCUCAGCCUAUCGGACAUAGCGCGACAAUCAGUGCACCCCACAUGCAUGCCUAUGCAUCGGAACAUCUCCUUCCUUAUCUUCGACCGGGGUCCAAAGUCCUCGAUGUCGGAAGCGGCUCUGGAUAUCUCGUAGCCGUCCUCCAUAAUCUCGUUAGCCCCGGUGGCAAAGUUGUCGGGAUCGACCACAUCCCGGAACUCGUAGACUGGUCAGUGGAGAAUCUUGAGGCAGAUGGCUUGGGCGAAGCCCUCAGGACGGGCGAAAUCACAAUGACCGCUGGUGAUGGGAGGCAGGGGUACCCUGCUGGAGGCCCGUAUGACGCCAUUCAUGUUGGAGCAGCGGCUCCAACUGUACCACAGGCCCUCGUCGAUCAGCUUGCGAGUCCUGGGAGGAUGUUCAUCCCCGUGGGCAGCUUCAUGCAGUAUAUUGAGCAAAUCGACAAAGACGAGCACGGAAAUAUCCAUCAGAAGAAGGUCAUGGGCGUAAGAUACGUCCCGUUAACCGAUCGCGAAACGCAGCUCGGGUGA